AUGACGCGCCCGCAAAUUCGGCGAGUGGCAGUUAUUGGGGCUGGAAUUAGUGGUGUCGUGUCGGCGGCGCAUUUGCUGCGGGCUGGAUUGGAUGUGACCGUCUUUGAGAGGAGUCAUGCCGCUGGAGGUGUUUGGCUUCACGAUGAGCGCCCGGCACCGGAACCAUCCUACACUUCGCUGAAACCGCUCGAGGCAGAAAAGUACUUUGACAAGGACGAGCGCAAUCUUGCUCUCGCCCAUGCGCCGCCUGGACCAUGUUACGCCGGACUCAAGAAUAACGUGUCGACGCCGUUGAUGCGCGUCAAGCUCAAUGCCUGGCCAGAGGGAACACCGGACUUUGUCAGCCAUUCUGUGAUGAAGGAGUAUAUACAGGAUACGUCGAGGAAGACCGGAGUUGACGACAUUACAAUCUACGGGGCUCGCGUUAAGGACGUUUCCAAGCAAGGUCAUUUGUGGCAGGUCAGCUGGUCAAGGCUAGAGACACAAAAGGAUGGAUUGAAGGAGAUUGAGCAGUUAUCUCUGUUCGACGCUGUGAUUGUUGCCAGCGGCCAUUACCAUACCCCCCGAGUUCCCGACACGCCCGGCCUCGCCGAGGCAAAAGCGCGCUGGCCAGAGCGUAUCUUCCACUCGAAGAGAUACAGAAAACCAGAGGGCUACGAGAAUAAGAACGUCCUCCUCGUCGGCGGCGCCGUGUCGGCCAUCGAUAUCGCGCGCGAAAUUGGGCCGCAAGCAGAUACCAUCUAUCAGAGCACACGCGGCGGCGAGUUCGACAUCUCCGCGAACAUUCUCCCGGAAAACGGCGUUCGAGUUAGCGAGGUGACACGGUACGAGGUUCUGGACGACAACCAAGCAGAUGACGGCAAACUGCCGCUGAAAGUACACUUGAAAUCUGGCCAGGAGCUCUGCGGCCUCGACGAGGUGAUUCUCUGCACGGGAUACCAGUUUACCCUCCCUUUCCUGGAAGAUUACCAUAACGACAAACUGUCCUCAGCGGACGCGGACGAGACGAUCCUCGUAACGGACGGGACACAAGCACACAACCUGCACAAGGACAUCUUCUACAUCCCCGACCCGACCCUUGCGUUUGUCGGCGUGCCCUUCUACACCGCCACCUUUACGCUGUUCGAGUUCCAGGCCAUUACCGCAGCGAACGUAUUCUCUGGGAUUGCCAGCCUACCGUCAACGCAAGAAAUGAGGGCGGAGUACAACGCGAAGCUGAAGAGAAAAGGGCACGGCAAGCGGUUCCACUCGCUGAAAGACGUGGAGGAAGACUACGUCAACGACCUGCUCGGCUGGAUCAAUCAGCCGAGGACGGAAAAAGGCCUCGAGCCUGUCGAAGGGCACACGGAGAAAUGGCACGAGGCAAAGGAAGCUCAGCGCGAGCGAUUGAAGGCGUUCUUCGAGAACGCAAACGACAGCACCAGGCGGGACAGCGGGAUCGGAGAACUCCUGGAGCUGCCGACUUGCAGUGCAUGA